ACUAUAACGUCGAACCGUAUUAACUCGAUCUGGACCCACCAUCACAAACAACACCCUUCACCCAAUAACCACACCUUCUAUAAUUCCUGAUAAGUUUCUGUUCAUUUCUCGGGAAAAUCAGAGAUACUGUAACCAAUAAUCACGCUACUUCGAUGCCCAUUUCCCACAAAAUACAGAGACAGGAACCUUUUUCUGUUUCUUUUUUGUUCCUGAGCUCACCGAGCUACCCAAUGUGAUUUCGAUUCUGAAGGUUUUCAUUUUCACCUAAAUUUUCAAUCUUUGAGAAAAGUAACGCGACCCCAGCUGCUUUUAUGAGCCAAAUUUGAAUUAAAAGCUGAAAAAAGUGAUAAUUUUUCUCUAGGGAAUCUGGGUUUGAAGUGAGUAACGUUUUCUAGAACAUGUCUUUGAUUCGAAGGAGAAAAGGGUCGGAAGCGGAAAAGGGUGAUAGGCAGAGUUCAGAACCGAAGGUUAAAGAUGAGAAGAUUGAAGAAGAAGAAGCAGGAGGAGGAGAUGAUAAGAAGAAGAAGAAGCAGAAGAAGGUGAUGGGUCAGAAGAGGAAGUGGUCGUGUGUAGAUAGCUGUUGUUGGUUGGUGGGUUGCAUUUGCACGAUGUGGUGGUUUCUUCUGUUUUUGUAUAAGAUGAUGCCCGAUUCUAUUCCUCAGUAUGUGACCGAGGCCUUUACUGGGCCCAUGCCAGACCCACCAGGCCUCAAACUCAAGAAGGAAGGCCUCACUGUGAAGCACCCUGUGGUCUUUGUGCCAGGGAUUGUCACUGGUGGCCUUGAACUUUGGGAGGGUCAUCAGUGUUCGGAGGGGUUGUUCAGGAAGCGCUUGUGGGGUGGUACCUUUGGUGAAGUUUACAAAAGACCUUCAUGCUGGGUAGAGCACAUGUCACUGGACAAUGAAACGGGAUUGGAUCCACCUGGCAUAAGAGUCAGGCCUGUCUCUGGACUUGUAGCUGCUGAUUACUUUGCUGCAGGAUACUUCGUGUGGGCAGUCCUAAUUGCUAAUUUGGCACGCAUUGGUUAUGAGGAAAAAACAAUGUACAUGGCUGCAUAUGAUUGGAGAUUAUCAUUUCAGAACACAGAGGUGAGGGAUCAAACACUAAGUCGGAUAAAAAGCAACAUAGAACUUAUGGUUGCUACUAAUGGUGGGAAUAAGGCAGUUAUUAUUCCACAUUCAAUGGGUGUGUUGUACUUUCUUCAUUUUAUGAAAUGGGUUGAAGCACCAGCUCCAAUGGGUGGUGGAGGAGGACCAGAUUGGUGUUCCAAGUAUAUAAAGGCGGUUGUAAACAUUGGUGGACCAUUUUUAGGUGUUCCCAAGGCUAUAGCAGGGCUUUUCUCAGCUGAAGCCAGGGAUAUUGCUGUUGCCAGGACAAUAGCUCCGGGAUUUUUAGAUAAUGAUCUGUUUCGCCUUCAAACCUUGCAACAUGUAAUGAGGAUGACCCGCACUUGGGACUCAACAAUGUCAAUGAUACCAAAAGGAGGGGACACUAUAUGGGGUGAUCUUGAUUGGUCACCAGAAGAAGGUUAUGUUCCUAACAAGAGAAAACAAAACUGUAACAACAAUACUCAGUUGACUUGCCAAGAGACAAAUAAAACACAUGCUGUUAACUAUGGAAGAAUGAUAUCAUUUGGCAGAGACGUGGCAGAGGCACCAUCCUCUGAAAUUGAGAUGGUCGAGUUCCGGGGUGCCAUUAAGGGUCACAAUGUUGCAAAUACCUCUUGUCAUGAUGUGUGGACUGAGUACCAUGACAUGGGAUUUCAGGGAGUAAAAGCAGUUGCAGAACAUAAAGUUUACACAGCUAGCUCAAUCAUAGAUUUGCUUCAUUUUGUUGCUCCAAAAAUGAUGGCUCGUGGUAAUGCUCAUUUCUCUUAUGGAAUUGCUGACAAUUUGGAUGAUCCUACAUAUAAUCACUACAGACAUUGGUCAAACCCCUUGGAGACCAAGUUACCAAAUGCUCCUGACAUGGAAAUCUUCACCAUGUAUGGAGUUGGCUUACCAACCGAAAGAGCUUAUGUUUACAAGUUAACUCCCUUUGCCAAAGGAGAGUGUUACAUUCCCUUUGAAAUUGAUACAACAGCAGAUGGUGGCAGUGAUGAAGAUAGCUGUCUGAAGGGUGGAGUGUACACUGUUGACGGGGAUGAAACUGUGCCAGCUCUAAGUUCAGGCUUCAUGUGUGCUAAAGCUUGGCGCGGAAAAACAAGAUUUAACCCUUCUGGGAUUCGCACUUACGUUAGAGAAUACGAUCAUUCUCCUCCAGCCAACUUGUUAGAGGGUCGUGGUACACAAAGUGGUGCUCAUGUUGACAUCAUGGGAAAUUUUGCAUUGAUUGAGGAUGUUAUAAGGGUAGCAGCUGGUGCCACAGGAGAAGAUCUAGGUGGUGAUAGAGUGUAUUCUGAUAUCUUCAAAUGGUCUCAGAAAAUCAAGUUGCCUCUAUGAAUCAACCACAAUGCAUGCACCAAAGGGUGGGGUGAACUAUGCAAAUUGGUUAUAUUAAAAGAUCAUGUAUUGAAUAUUAUUGUUAUUAUUAUAGUUACUCAAUCAGAAAACAUUUGAUUUGUUAUAUCUGAUAAACUGGGCCGGGGGGGGGGGGCAUGAUUCUAAAUAAGCUCAGCUAGUUAGUUAUGAGGUACAACUCAAAAGCAUCUGUAGGUAGGUGUUUUUGUUGUAUCAUCAAAAUUUUCUAUGGUCCCUUUUAUUUUUCGUCAUUCUUUUUUAAAUGACUCAAUCUGAAAAAGAUUUGUGAGAGAGGGUAAACAUCAGUUAACGGAACGUUUGAAUGAGUGCGUGUUUUGAUAUCAGUUAAUAUUGCAUAUACAUGCGUUUUGUAU